AUUUCUUAACAUGCCGCAUGUGAAGCGUGGCGCGUGUUGGAACCAGAAGAUAAACCAGCAAAGCAUUUCGGGUUCCCGUGUUGGGCUGGGCUUUUUGGGCUGGGCCCAACUUUUUGGGCAACAUUGGGAUAUAUAAACUGUCACUUUUCUGCCAGUCAAUCACUUUUUUUUUUUUCCUCUCAAUGCCAUCAUCUUUUUUCACUUCUUUAUAAAUCAUCCCAAUUCAAUGUCUAAAAUCCAGUUUGACAAUGGCGUCAUGAUCCUGUCUGCGGUAGACCCGCUGUCAAAUCGAAUGAGCAUCCAGAUACUCCAAUUGCCUCAUCCUCCAAAACUGGAGCCACUGGAUUUUCUAUUCGAACCCACUGCUAACAGUCGAAAGCGCGUGCGCCCAUCCAAAGAAACUCGAGCCAUUGUAGAACGAGAGCUUAUGCUAGUUCGAGCCAAUUCAAAAUUCACAGAGCAUUUCAUUCCUCCGCCUACUACCCCUAUCACACCAACCCGUCCCUUAUCCUCCUCUUCCUUUGAAUCUGCUUUGACCUCAUCAGAAGGUACUACGUGUUCUCGAAGUACCCGGCGACGUCGCCCCUCACUUGGACUUGUACAACGAUUAUUUGCUUCCAGUGACCCUGAGCCCGAACCAUUAGAAGUGUCAUGGCUAGACGCCGAUAUAUGUGAUUCCAAGCAUACCGCUAGUAAAAAGUUCCCCAUUCUCAAAGGUAAUAGACAUGUGCGGUUGAUCGUAGUGUGGAAUGUACAGCAUAAUACUCACAUGGGAUCAUCCGUAGAUCUUUUGAUGACAACGAAACGUAUCCGUCGGACAAAGUCUUGUACGGCUCCAGAUCAAUAUGCAUCCUCACCGUUCCGAACGACCAGUUGGUGGUCAGAGGCUCCCAUGCCCUCCAUGCCACUUGUUAAAUAGCUAUACUGUCAUUUCGAUCAAACCCAACGAUGCGCUUGCGCUUGUUAAGGACCGCUUUCAAACACAUUCACUCUAUCAUAGUACAUAUUCGCAUUUAUACUACCCCAUACCCUCUCUUUUACCACCUUCUUUUGCUAAUAUGCGCUCUCGAGUAGCUUACCAUGUCACUCUCUGUAAAUCAUCCUAUGCCGAUGUACUGUGAAAAUUGCAAAUAUAUACAUUUAGCCAUCCA